UGGCGUCCCGUUUUCAUCGCGAGACUACAAGACCUCGCGAGAGUGUGCGCGCGGGGCUGCGUUUUUAGACAUGCGCAGAGCCUCCCACGUGUUCCCUUCAGGCGCCGCACGGGAAGGAAGAUGGCGGACGGUGAAAUUUCUUCUGCUAAGAAAGAGAAGAAAAAGAAGAAAGCGAAGGUUUCGGAUGAAGAAAUCGGGGACAUCCAAGAAACUGGGGAUUUCCUAAUCAAACCUGAAUCCAAGGUUGUCAAACUCGACACGUCCCAGUGGCCUUUGCUGCUGAAGAACUUCGAUAAGCUGAACAUCAGAACUGCACACUACACACCGCUACCACAUGGAUCGAAUCCCCUGAAGAGGAACAUUAAUGAUUAUGUCAGGACCGGGUUCAUUAACUUGGACAAGCCGGCGAAUCCGUCCUCUCACGAAGUGGUUGCGUGGAUCAAGCGGAUCCUGCGCGUGGAGAAGACCGGCCACAGCGGGACGCUCGACCCCAAGGUCACAGGAUGUCUGAUCGUGUGCGUGGACCGAGCGACGCGAUUGGUCAAAUCUCAGCAGAGCGCAGGCAAAGAGUACGUGGGCAUAGUACGGCUGCACAAUGCGCUAGAGAGCGAACACCAGCUCGCCAGGGCUCUGGAGUGUCUGACCGGAGCUCUGUUCCAGAGGCCUCCUCUGAUCGCGGCUGUGAAGCGACAGCUGCGAGUCAGGACCAUCUACGAGAGCAAGCUCAUCGAAUACGACCAGGAGAAAAGACUCGGUAUUUUCUGGGUAAGCUGCGAAGCUGGCACGUAUAUCAGAACCCUGUGUGUUCAUCUUGGACUCCUGCUGGGAGUCGGAGGUCAGAUGCAGGAGCUCAGGAGGGUUCGGUCUGGAGUCUUGGGAGAGAAGGACUGCAUGGUGACCAUGCACGACGUAUUAGACGCCCAGUGGCAGUUUGACCACAAUAAGGACGAGACGUACCUCAGGAGGGUCAUCUUCCCUCUGGAGAAGCUGCUCAUCAGCUACAAGAGGAUCGUCAUGAAGGACAGCGCGGUCAACGCCAUAUGCUACGGAGCCAAAAUCAUGUUACCGGGUGUGUUACGAUAUGAAGACGGCAUCGAGGUGAACGGGGACGUCGUCGUCAUUACCACUAAGGGAGAGGCCAUUUGUGCAGCGGUGGCCCUGAUGACGACGGCGGUCAUCUCCACGUGCGAUCACGGCAUCGUCGCGAAGAUCAAAAGAGUCAUCAUGGAGAGAGACACGUAUCCACGGAAAUGGGGCCUGGGUCCAAAGGCAAGUCAGAAGAAGAUGAUGAUCCAGAAAGGUCUCCUGGAUAAACGCGGCAAGCCAAACGGGAGCACUCCGGCCGAGUGGAAGGAGGGAUAUGUGGACUACAGUAAUAAACCUAAAAAGGCUGCUGCUGAAGAUGGUGAUGCUACUCAGGCCAGUGCAAAGAGGAAACGCGACGAGAGCGGAAGCGAAGGUGAGGCCGCACCAUCGACCCCGAAGACGGAGGAGAUGGAGAAGAAAGAGAAGAAGAAAAAGAAGAAGGAAAAGAAAUUAAAGGUGGCUGAGGAGGAAACCGAGGAAGCACAAGCCACAGAGGAAGUGGCAGCAGAAGAGGAAGCGGAGGUCACAGAAAGCGCCAAGAAGAAGAAGAAGAAAAAGGUGAAAGAAGCCGCGGAUGAUUCGGAAUGAGAAUCUGAACCGGAUUUACAGACUGUUAGUGCGUGUACCAUGUGAGGACCAGGGCUCAGCCAUGAAUUCUCUCUGUCCUUCAUGUGACCUCCAGAAACGACGUUCACUUCAACCCAGUGUGUGUGAGCGAGGAAAACCGUAAUUCUGGAGUUUUUUUAUUCUGAAUAUUAAUUGAACAUCCGCCCCGUCAUUUGUUCACUUCAAUAAUAUUGCAUUGAAUAGAUGCAGAUUUCUUUGGUUUUUUUGAAAGCUGUGUAUGAUAAUGGUUAUUUUUGUCUUUUUUUUUUUUUUUUUACCUCAUCUUGUACUUUUUUUCCUCCCCUGUGAAUCCCCCAGUGUCUGAACAGAAAACUCCUUUAUUUUGUAUUAUGUAUAUAACAGAGGAUCAACUUGUACCCCUGAAGCCUAAGUCAGAUUGAAUAAGAAUUUUUUUUUUCUUUUCUA